AUGCCGUUUGAGGAUAAACUAGGUCGUGUGUGUGGUUUCCUUAAUAUAGAAGAGUCUGAAAACAGUGGCAGUUUUACUCGAAGAUAUUUUAUCUUAGAUCAUAAUAAUGGAAGGCUCUUCUAUUAUAUGGACAGUCCAAGUAAUUUGCCACCAGCUUGGCAAACCCCAAAAGGUGAAAUAUAUCUCCAUUACGUGGCCAUGGUUAGUGAUGCUAGAAGACUGAGACCUAAAGUUCCAUAUUGCUUUGUGAUAAAUUACGAAGGUAGAAGAUAUUAUUUACAAGCUGAAGAUGAUGAAGAUUUAGAAAAAUGGAUUGAUGCUUUAAAUAAUGCCAGUAAAAUUACUGUACCUAAAAGUGAAGUAAAGAAUCGUGAAAGAUGUAUGGAGUGGCAUGCUGGAGAUUUAAGCCAAACUAGUUAUACUACAGAAAUAGCAGGCGGAGUUGUUUGUAAGUUACCAGAUCAGACAUCAGGCUCAAGUACAAAAGAAAACAGCAUUUCUAGUGAAUUAAUCAGAGAAGAUUCCACGAAACAUAAUUUUAUUGGCUUAAAAUGUGGUUUCUGUGUAAAACAAGGGGCUGUGAGAAAGAGUUGGAAAAGAAGAUUUUUUAUUCUCCAUGAAGAAGGAUUAUCAUAUUUUAGAUCAGAACAUGACAAAACUCCCAUCCGAACAAUUCCUUCCUAUGAUAUUUUAGAGGCUAAAGAAACGACAAGUUCAAAUGUAAACAGAGACAAUUUAUUUGAAUUGAUUACCGCUAAACGAAUAUUUUACAUACAGUGUGAUACCCCAGAAGAAGUACGUAGUUGGAUUGAAGCUAUU